AUGUCUCUCCUCCAAACCAUGGGUGGUUUCUCCAAGCGUGCGGGUCAUGAAGAGGAAGACCCGACUGCUGGUCUUGAGAACCUCGACGUCCAGCACUACCUCGGAUACAUCUGGUGGAUCAUUGUUGUCGUCUUCUUCAUGUACCAAGUCAUCCUCUUCUUCGUCCGUUACAUCCGCACCGUCACGUGCUUGAACAACGAAACCCAACGAUACUUCGCCAUCCCCAACAGGACCUACGCAGCUUUCAAGAAGCACUGCCUCGAUGCGCCUCUGUUCCGCACCCGUCACCACCGCGAAUUCAAGCUCUCUUCCGCCAUUGGUGUUGGAACCCUGCCCAGCCGUCUGCAAACCUUCUUCCUAGUUGGCUACUUUGCCGUCAACGUAGGCUUCUGUGUAUGGAAGAUCGACUACAGCAGCUUCUCAGCCGGAGCCGGUGAACUUCUCAGCCGCUCCGGUAUCAUGGCUGUCAUCAACAUGAUCCCUUUGUUCCUGCUUGCUGGUCGCAACAACCCCAUCAUUAAGCUCACCGGUAUCUCAUUCGACACCAUGAACCUCAUCCACCGUUGGUUCGGACGGAUCGUCAUCCUUGAGGCCAUUGCCCACACUGUAUGCUGGAUCGCCAACAAGGUCCACACCAAGGGCUGGGGUGCCGUACAAGCCUCCAUCACUGGAAGCGAGUUCAUCAUGACAGGUUUCAUCGGAACUGUCGCAUUCGUCUUCCUCCUGAUUCAGUCUCCAUCCCCAGUGCGUCACUCCUUCUACGAGGUUUUCCUGCACGGCCACAUUGUCGGUGCUGCCAUCGCGCUCGGCGCGGUAUGGGUCCACCUCAAGGAGCGCCCGCAGCAGUUCAUGCUCUACGGCGUACUCGCGCUCUGGGUCAUGGAGCGAACCUGGAGAUUCGUCCGCCUUGUCACGCGCAACGUCGGAAACGGUGGUACCGGUUGCGAUGUCGAGGUUCUCCCCGGAGACGCCCUUCGUGUGACCGUCCGCAUGGCUCGCCCAUGGAGGUUCCGCCCCGGCCAGCACGCCUACUUGUACAUUCCUUCCGUCGGACUCUGGACCAACCAUCCCUUCUCUGUCGCUUGGAGUGAAGAAGAGGAAGAUCUCACCAUUGCCUCGUCCGUCGCCGAUGAGAAGGGUCUUCCCAUGAACCGCCAAGACAUCCUCGAGCACCACAAGACUAGCAUGUCUUUCAUUAUUCGCCGACGAACUGGUUUUACCGACAAGCUGUUCAAGAAAGCCGACCUCUCCGCUUCCGGCAGAUUCUCCACUUCGGCAUAUGUCGAGGGCCCAUAUGGCGGUGAGGACCUAAGCUCUUAUGGAACUGUCAUGCUGUGGGCUGCUGGCAUCGGUAUCACUCACCAAGUCCCCCACGUUCGUGAUAUCGUCGCUGGUUACGCCAACGGAACUGUCGCCACCCGCCGACUUACACUCGUCUGGAUCAUCCAAUCGCCCGAGCACUUGGAAUGGAUCCGUACAUGGAUGACACAAAUCUUGUCCAUGCCACGCCGCCGCGAGAUCCUGAAGAUUCUGCUCUUCGUCACCCGCCCUCGCAGCACCAAGGAGAUCCACUCGCCCUCUUCCAGUGUCCAAAUGUUCCCUGGACGUCCCAACGUUCAAGCCUUGGUCGACCAGGAGAUGCAAGAGGGCAUUGGUGCUGCCUGUGUCAGCACCUGCGGUACUGGUGGAUUGGCGGAUGAGCUCCGUCGCUCCGUCCGCAAUCGCGAGUCCCAGUGGAACGUCGACUUCCGCGAGGAGUCUUUCUCGUGGUAA